GCUUCGCGGGCGCCGCCGGCCGCUGCGGCUCCGGGUGGCCCGCCGCGCGCUCCUCUUCUCCCUGCGCCGCUUCGCGAGGGCGCCAGAGGGGGCUGCAGCGCUGCUGCUGCUGCUGCGUGCGCCGGGCGCCCGUCCACCCGUCCCUGUUCGCAGCAGCAGCAGCGAGGAGAAGCGGCGCUUGCCUGCCUGCCUGCCUGCCCGCCCGGCCGCCGCUCCUGCGCAACGCCCUCCCUCGCGCCGCCCGAGGCGCAGCGGGCGCCUCCCUCGCCUCGCCUCUCCCCGCCCCGCCGGGCUGCCCUAGGCUCCGCCUGCCCGGCUUGCUGCCUGCCACUCGCCUCGGGAACCCGGGCUGCUGCUGCUGCUGCUGCUGGUCCCGCUGCUGCUGCUGCUCGGUCGCCUUCCCGGCGGGGGAAAGAAGGCAAGGCAGCCGCCGGUGGUGCCAGUGCCGCCGCUGCCGCCGCCCGUGCGCGCUCCUCCGCUGUCCUCCUCUCCCUCCGCCGUCCAGCCCAGCAGGUAUAUGGAUAGAAGCUCGUUGCUGCAGCUCAUCCAGGAGCAGGUGAGCCAGGCGGGAUGAGGCGCCGUUUCCACGGCAGCGUCGCUGCCGGCAGGCUCCCCUUGGCAUGGGGGGUGGGGAGGAAGGGGGGCGGCGGGGAUGGGGUGGGGGCAGUGGCAUCUCGUGGAGGGGAGAGGGUCGCAGCUGGGCAAACAGGUUGCAGUGCCCCGGAAAAGCGACUCCUUCGGCUGCUGGUGUGGGGUCGGGCGGGCACGGUGCCAGCCCUCCCGCUGCUUGCCUUGGCAUCGCUUUGGCCGGGCCACGUGUGGCUGUGCCAACCAGGAGAUACUCCAGCUUCAGGGUGCAGGAGGGAGGGAGGGAAGGAAAUGGGCAGGCAUGGGCGGGGUGAGGACUAGGUAGAGCCCUCCAUGAGCACCUUCCGAUUGGAGGGUGGCAGGGGCCCAUUUAGAUGGUGGUGGGUUAUUUCACGAUGGAGCCAUAAGGGAUUUGCUUGGAAUUUUAAUUUAUUUAUUUGGUGGGGUGGGAGAUUUAGACAGGUGUUGCCCCAGCCCCAGCUUUCAGACCUGUGGUCUUCCUAUUGGCAUUUAUCAUGUUGCUCCAUGACCCAGAGGUCACCCAACGUGAAAACCUGCACCAUGCAUUCAAACCGCUCUCUUGCCACUUUAGCAGUCAUGGCUUCCUCUAAAGAAUCUUGGGAGCUGUAGUUUGUUAUGGGUGCUGGGAACCAUAGUUCUGCAUGUGGUCGCCUAACAACCCUCAGCACUCUUAAUGAACUACAGUUCCUAGGAUAUUUUGGUGGUGGUGAGACAUAACUGUUUAAAGUGGUCUGAGAGUGUGUUAAAUGCAUAGUGCAGAUAUGACCUCCAGCACUGCCCGCCGCUGAUCCAGAGAGCAUAGAGCCAGACUUCAUGGGCUGAAUCACUGCUGCUGGUGGGCAACCCAUCUUUGCUGUUGCCUUUGGCCCUGGCCCCUUGCCUAUCCAGCCUAAAGGUCUGAGACCAAGGAAGAACUGGCACGAGUUUGUACUGAAAAAUAGAUGGGAUGCUCAUUUAUUUAUUCAUCAUUGCAUUUAUAUUCCACCUUUUCUUAAAGGAGCUCAAGGUUGUGUGCGUAGUUCUUCCCUCUUCCCAUUUUAUCCUCACAAUAACUCUGAAAGGUAGGUUAGGCCGAGAGACAUUGCCUAGCCCAAGAUUACUCAGGAUGAGUGUGGGUUUGAGCCUUGGUCUCUCAGGUCCUGCUCUGGUGCUGUAACCGCUACACAACACGGCCACUGCCAUGGCUGAAGCCCAGGGCAGCCUGCCUGGCAGGGGGACAAAAAUGUGUUUGCAGCAUGACAGGAUCUGUGGAUUCCCCACUGAUGGAAUCAGGGCUCUGAGUCAUAGUGGGACCACUGCCUUCUUGGGUACCAUAAAAUUGCAGAGUUGGAAGGGACCAUGAGGGUCAUCUAGUCCAACCCCCUGCAACACAGGAAUCUCUUCCCCAUCAUAGAAUUGGAACCCACAAUCCUGAGAGUAAGAGUCUCAUGCUCUACUGACUGAGCUACCCCGAGUCUUAUCUUUUGGUGACUUUGCAAGGAACUCAAAACCUUGUCUGCAGAGCAGCUGAAAUUCUCUUGCUGGAGGCUGAGCCAGUUGUGCUUCUGUCACUUCCGUCACCCCUGUGUCCAGAUCAGUCAGCAGCCUCUCAGGCAAAACCCCCCAUGAACCUCCAUGGCAUAUUUCGUUUUGUCAAAGUGACCGUUUGUUUGGCUGUCUGUGAAGGAUCCCUUCGUAAGAACUGCCGGGAUCUGCUGUUGUUUCUGAGCUGAGCGCUGGCAUAACGGUCUGGCUCAAAGCAGCGGCUGCAAAGCCCAGAACAGCCCCUGCUUCAAAUGGCUCCUUGGCUAAGAGUUCAGUUGGUGGGCUGAGGAGUCGCCAUGCUGUCUGUCUUGGCACCGUCCAUCAGCAGCUUGGGGACAUGGGUACCACCAGCCUGUUUCACAGGGCUGUUGUUGUAAGUGUUGCCGAGAUAACGGAUGUGAAAUGCUUGAGUGCUGUUGUAGAGCGGAGAACUAUUGUGCUCUGAUCCUUCUUAUGAGCUUUCCGUAGGAAUCUGGUUGGCCACUGUGAGAACAGGAUGCUGGGCUGAAUGGAACAUUGGUCUGAUCCAGCCGGCUCCUCUUAUGUUCUUAUUGAAAGCUCUUUGUAAUAUUAUUAUGAGACUGCAUUAAAUCUCAAUGUAAACAAGUGGCCUUGACCUGGUGGUGAAAACUGGAGUAUGUCGUUACUGCUUCUGGACCAGUAGAUGAGCCCCAGAUUUUAUAUUAGUUGGGCAGCAUACUAUGACCCACAAACACACAUGAGCUGCCUUAGCCAGACUCUCAGCCCAUCUGGUUUAGUAUUGUAUACACUGACUAGCAGCAGCUCUCCAAGCCCUACCCGGAAAUCGAACCAGAGGCCUUCUGGGGGCAAGGCAGAUGCUCCACCAUUCAGCUACAGUCUUUCUCCAUUAACUGGAGAGCAACACAGCUAGGGCUUCACACCAUCAUUAAAGUGAGAGUCACAUAGAAUUCUGGAAGAUAAAAUCUUUGCUAUAAGAUAGUUGGGACUGCAGAUCCUAUGCACACUUGCUUGGGCGUAAGAAGUGCAGAAUUCAGUGAGACUUCUGUGGAAGCAUCCGUAGGAUUGCACAAUGGGAAUAGCAGCCCUAAGCACUGUUUACUCUCACGACAUUGAAUGGGGCUUAUUUCCCUAGUAGGUUUAGAAUUAUAACUUGGACAAGUUUAUAACAGCUCUUCCUCAGUAUUCCCAACUGUGAAAUGGGAACAGUAAAGCUUGUGUACACACACACACCACAUCACUGUUAUGUGAACAAACAAAACAAAAUUAGAAAUUCAACUGACUCAGCUGAUCUAAUACAGUUUUGUUCCCUGGUUUAUUCAGUCACAGGGGCUGAUGCGAGGGGAGGAAUGAGCUUGCCCUAUUCUCCUUCCUAUAAAGAUAACUUACUGCAUGACCUGGGCUCAGUCCUCUCAAAGCACACUUUUUUGGGGCAGGGGGGGCAGAGAUGAAGUUUUGUGUUAGCACAGAACUCCAUGAAGCUGGGUAUUUAAUCUAAGCGGGGAGCAGUUAACUUCUGGCACUCCAGAUGUUGCUGGACUCCAAGUCCCAUCAGCCCCAGCCAGCACGGCGAAUGAUCAGGAGUGCUGGGUGUUGAUUCUAACAACGUCUGGAGGGACACAAAGAUUAGCCGCCACUGAUGUGCCUGACUCACACAACAAGUUGUGUGUGGUGAAAGGGAGCGGGUGAACUUCUUGUAGGAGCACUGGAAGCUACCUUAUAGUGAGUCAGAUCACUGGUCCAUGCAGCUUACUAUUGCCCACACUGACCGGCAGUGCCUCUCCAGCAGGACUCUGAACAACAUGCCUGUGAACUGCGAUGCAGGAACGUGCGUGGCUGUACUUGCAAGUUUCGUGUAAGUUACAGUACUUUGUGGUUAGCAUGCGCUGGGUGAUGCUGUGCCGGGGCAAGGCAGAGAGGAAAGAGCAGCUGGCUACAACAGGGGCAGCUGACUAGCUUUAUAAUAUGCUGACCUAAAUAAUCCACAUGAACGGCUUCCACUAUCCCCCAGUGACCUCCCAAGGGAGAGAGGAAAAGCAGCUGCUAGGAGCAGUGGGGCUUUAAUUGUCAGCAUCCCGGAAUUUACUCUGGGUUAGGGUAGCCCCUCCAGGAUCAAGAGAAGACCCUGCAGCAGGGUCAGCCCCUAAGCAGGAGAUUCAGGAGUGCUGACAUGCGACUCGUCCUUCUCAUGUUUCAUUCCAUGCUGUAAUGCAGGGACAUGGAAGCCUUUUUUAGCCUUGGGGCUGCAUUCCCUACUGGGCAACCUUGGUGGGAGGGGACAUGCCAGUGGUGGGCGGGGCCUGGGGCAAAACUGGACGGAGCCACAAAUGCAAAUUUUAAAGGAAUGUGUAAAGGAGGCUGGUUUCUACAGACACACGCCCUCUCUAUCCUCCAAAGCAAGAGGCAUUGUCAGAAUUCAAGGACACUUUCCAGCCAGGCAAAAACACUCAAGCAGGGGGCAAAUCAGGGGCAGUGAGGGGUGUGGCUUGAGGAAAGAGGGUGUGUCUGAUGAGUGGGUGUGGCCUGGGGAAAGGGUGUCUGCCUGGAGAGGGGUGUGGCUUGGGGGGGAAAGACGAGGCUCACAGAUGGUUGUGGGGAACUCAGGUUUGGCCUGGAGAGAGAGAGGCCGGGCAGUCUGAAUUUGGCCCUUUGAGGCCCCCCAACCGUACUAUAAGGUAUUUUCUUCCCACUUUCUCCAUUGGGUGAAAAUUUUCCAAAGUGGCUAACAUUAUAACCUUAAAAACAGCCUUCAACAACAUGGCAAGGAAACAGAGCAGCAAGACUGUAAUGGCAGCAGUUGCAGGCGACUUAAAAGCAAACAAACCCUAAAGGCAUAAAUGCAGAAUUAAUGAAACAGCAGGCACUGAAUAGAGCAGCAGCUUACAAUCCCUGAAGGUGUGUGUUUUUGGUUUUUUUAAAAAGUUCUGUUGGGUUUGGUAGAAACAGUAACGCUCAAUUGCUUGGGCAAAGAAGAGUCAGGGGAUGCUGUCCAAGUGCUGAACCAGUGGGGAUGCAAUAAUGGACUGGAUGGGGCCCAAGAAGCUGCAGCUGAAACCUGACAAGGUGGAGGUGCUGUGGAUCCUAGGUAUGGGAAGUGAGCCCAAGGCUUGCUCGGGUUAUGCUCCCUCCAAGAGAGAAAGUGCAUGGAGUUUUAUGACCUACUCAGACUUUUGGCGUUUGGCCCAUCACUUUUCAAAGUUGAUUUGAUAUGAUGGACCGCUUUUAACCCACUUUAAUUGUGCAAACCUACAUUUUUGGUUGCACCCGAAUCCCUCUAGCAAAACAGUCUGGAGGCCUCCUAAGAUGCAAUGGAUUCUCCCCCACCCCCUUGCUAAAUGCUCCACCACUAGACAGCGCAACCCACCAAGUCACAAGAGGGACUGAUUCUUGUUUGCGGUGUGGGGAAGGCACGGCUUGCAAUGCAUGUGGCAAAAUGAAGGCUUGUUCUUAGCUUGGGGCAACCUCCGCCCCCAGAGCAUGUUUUUGUCCUUGGCAAUAUAUUUCCAGGUAUUGACAGCCCCAUGUUUGGCAUGGCCCUUGCAUGCUGUGGGACCCUGAAAACUACUAGUAGCUGACUUUCACCAGCCAGGACUUCCUUGUGCUGGGAGAUGGGCAGGUGAGGACAGAGUGCUUUCCUGCUGCUCAAACCUGAUGACAUUUCUCUCUGUGUGUUCCUCCUUCCCUCCCGCCCAAGCAUUCCCUGUCCUGCCCAUUUCUCAAUGACAUUGCCAGCUUGUUCUCUUUUCUGUGCCUUCUCUUCCCUGGAGGGAUAAAAUGGCAAAGACAAUGCAAUGUGUAGAAUAAUUUUGUUUUACUAGCUCUGCCACAUGCUUGGAACCGUGGGCACUUUGGAUGCCCUGGGCAGGGAUUUCAAGGGGUGCUUUUCUUUCUGGCUAAACCUUCCACCUUAGAUUAUUUUGUGUGUGUAUUCCCCAGCUCCCACCAACAGAACAAAAUAGCAAUAUAGACUAACCCAUUUUAUUAUACAGUGGUACCUCGGGUUAAGUACUUAAUUCGUUCCACAGGUCCGUACUUAACCUGAAACUGUUCUUAACCUGAAGCACUACUUUAGCUAAUGGGGCCUCCUGCUGCCGCCGCGCCACCGGAGCAUGAUUUCUGUUCUCAUCCUGAAGCAAAGUUCUUAACCCAAGGUACUAUUUCUGGGUUAGCGGAGUCUGUAACCUGAAGCGUAUGUAACCUGAAGCAUCUGUAACCUGAGGUACCACUGUAUAUACUUUUUUAUGGUAUAAGCUUCUGUGGAUUCAAGUCUACUUCAUCAGAUGUGCACACAAAUUAUAUAGUGUUAUAGGUUGGGGAGCAGGUGUCAGUCAGGGGGUGACCAUGGGUCACUUCUAAACCUAUGAUCCUGUAUCUGUGAGGUUAGAAUCUAUAAGGGAAACUCUGCUGAACCAGUCAGACCAGACUCUUUGUAAGAUAAUGGCAUGAACUGGCCAGCUAAGUGCUGCCAUUUACAUGUCCAAGGAGGUUACCCUGUUGCCAUAGAGACAAGUGGCUGGGCCUUUUCCCACCUCAUCUGGCUGGAUGCCAUAGGAGGGAUAAAAAUAUGCCAAGAGAGCUGUGUGUGUGUGCGCGCGCUCAUGCAUUUUUGGCUGAUGCUAGAAGCUGUAGACGCAGAGGCUUGUCUUGCUCUGUGCUGAACCCAAUGCUAUGGCUUGGGGAUCUCCCUGGGAACAAUGGGGAGGUAAGAUCUGUUGGAGUGCUCAUGCUGUGAGCCCCUCUGUCCUACGCUCAUGUUACAGAUAUAUGUAAGUAAAUGAUAUACCCCAAAGACAACACAGACUCCUCUGACCUUCACUCCAAGGGAUCUAAGCCCUGGGCAAGUGUGGGAAUCUCUGGAGUCUCUUACUACUCAGAGAUUGGGGUGCGCAUGACAGACUGUUUCCCUAAACUCUCUCUCUCUCGUUCAGCCAUUCUUGACAUUCCUGAAGACAGCCUUACAAGUGUAAAAUAGUUCUUUCCAGAUACAAAAAUAGCCACACAUCUCAGGGUGGGUUAGUCAUGUUGAUUAGCAGAAAUGCCUUGGGGAGACUAUAAUAGCCCCCAGAGACACUUUCAGUCAUGUCUCCACAGUGUCCUACUUUGCAGCAGACAGUCCUCUUAUCGGAAGGGCCGCCCAGUUUAAGUUUAGUUUAAAGAACCUUAAGAAAGGAGAGCAGGAGGGACUGCGAAGUUGCCCAUCGAUGGUUUGAACACAUGGAUAGCAGACUGAGCCGUCGGGCACACAGCUCACCUGGUCACAGUCUUUUCCAUAAUGGGGAGAUGUAUUUCAAACAGAGUUUAAAUUAUAAAUUACACUCCUCUUGUAAAAAUGUGCACCUGCACAUAUAUGUUAGCUGCUCCGAUUAGCGCAAGAAAAUUUUAUACAGCCUUUUGCUUUUCCUUUAUGGAUAUGCAUUUUCUCUUUUUUAGGGAGGUAGGUGCCUAAGCAGAUAGAUACCAUUAAAAAACAACAACAAAUAAAUGAAGCUGAGAUUCUCAUGAAAUGCUUAAGGGGGAAAUCAAUUUGGGUUUCAACACUGCAUAUGAGGCAGGUUGCUUGAUUUUGAGAAGUGAGUUGACCAGUGCCCAGAAACCUUUCGGAAACCAACUACCAUACAUGUUUAGAUCUACUGAAGCCAACUCAUGAAGUCAUCGCCUUGGUUAGCAGUGCUAGCCCUGGUUCCCAGUGUAGUGCUGGGAAUGUUCCCUGCUUGGAAUCCUGGAGAGCCUCUGCCAGUCAGUGUAGACAGCUCUGUGCUAGAUGGACCAAUGGUCUGAUUUGGUAUGAGGCAGCUUCCUAUGUCCCCCAGAAUGUUAUCUUCUGUUUGGUAAUUUUCAAAUGCAAAUGGAAGAUGGUCAGGAGAGAUUUUUGGCACAGCAUUACUCAACAAAAGCUGUUUAUUGAGCUGUUUGUUAAAAUAAUUAUUUGGCUUACUGUUGCAACAGGCACUUUCAGCUGUUGCGUUAAUGUCUCGGUUGGAAGAUUGAUUGUUGUUGGGGUGUGUGUGUGCGCGCGCGUGUGUGUGUGUGUAAAAAAAUCCAAGUUCUGCAUUGUCUCAAAUUCUUUCCUCCCCCGCCCCAAAUUAUGCAGAUGAGCCAAGUUGAUUAUAUUUAUCUUGAAUAAUAGAUUCAUUUGGCUACAGAGUAUGGUUGAGGACACAGUGGUCUGUUUUUUAAGGGCACGUGAAGGAGGAAUGCAUUUCGAAGUGUGUUAGGGCAAUCAAAUUUAUUUUUGCUCAUCCUUAAGAUUUCAUCUCCUUGCACUUUCGCCACCUCCACAUCCCUUGGGGUCCCUUCCAACUCUACAAUUCUAUGAACACUCAGACUGCGCUGCUUACUGGUUCAAUGCCUGCCUGCCUGCCUUUUACCUGUGGAUCACUGCUACUUACUGAAUCAGGCAAGGAGCUAUGCAGGAUGUUGAAGCCAGAUUUACACCUGGUUCAAUGUAUCCCCUACUUAACUUCAAAGUUUUGGAUUGCAAAAUUGCUCCGGUCACAGGCUUGAAAGUUUCAACCAAGCCCCAUGGUCAGCAUGGUGUAGUGGUUAGUGUGUUGGUCUAGGAACUGGGAGACCAGGGUUCAAACCCCCACUCAGUCAUGAAGCCAGCCAAAGGGUGCAUUCAAAUGUGGGGUAUAUUGCCUUAGUUUUCUUGCUUAUAAUGCUGAAGCUUCUUUCCCAUUUUCUAAUGUCCCUUUCAUGUUGCAGCACCUGCUGUUGCAGCACCUGCUGCAUCAUGGAACUGUGGCUUUUUGACCGAUAUACUAGCCUGUCACUCUAAAUUUCAUUCACGCCAAGUAAGCACGUUGUGACAUAGAAAAACGAACAUCAGUGAACACCGCAGCUAACCUCUUUCUCCGUUAACACCUCCACCCUUUCUGCAUGUGUCUACUUCUGUUCCCCCACGAUUGCCCCAUGAAAAUGGAAGGGAAGAACUCUAUGGUGGUAUAGCACCCCAAAAUUCUGCCACUUUACUCCCACAAUUUUCCGGGUCAAGGGAGCUGCAAAUGGAAUUUUUCUGGAAUCAAAAAUAACACAGAAAUAAGCUCUAAACAUGCACUGUAGUCCGUUAGUUUUCCAAAGUGACUUCUACAUGGUGUGAAAGUUCAAAUGUAAUGUAGAACAGGGAAACGUCAGGAAAACAAACGAAACUGCCUUGCAAAUACAGCCACAGUUUCGGCCUGUAACUUACCUUGCAGGGUUGUUGUGCAGAAGGUGGGAAACAAUGAGCUCCUUGGAAGGGAAGGUGGGAUAUAAAUGCAAUAAUAAAAAAAUGGCUAGGAACUUGAGGUUGUCAGGGCGUGGGAGCUAACCAACCAGCAAUAAUUUAGGGAUACGGAAUUCUUCAUCCAGUAUCAAAUUCUGUCCUUGCACAGAAUAAACAGCCCUGCUGAGAUGGAUCACCACUCUUGAUUUCCAGCUUAUUCGUUGUCGCUAAUGCCCAGUGCUGAUUCUUCAACAGCUUGAUCCUGAAAACACCGGUUUCAUUGGCGUGGAGACCUUUGCCAGCCUGGUACACAGCCAUGAACUGCCUCUGGACCCCGCAAAACUGGAGAUGCUGGUGGCAUUGGCACAGAGCAACGACGAGGGACAGAUCUGCUAUCAGGAGCUGGUAGACCUGGUCAGUGGCAUGAGACCUGGCAGCCACCGUAGUUGUGGCUGCAUCAGUGCUUGUGAUUCUGCAGGAUUUCUGACCUAUACCUCUUAAGAUAAAAUAAGAAUCAGUAAGCAAGUUCACACAAAGCAUUCGUUGGAAAGAGCAAUAAAAGCAGACUUUUUGUAGGUAAGCUUGUUUGAGCAAAGAAAGCUGUAGGAUGAAGGUGCCUGUCUAACAUCACAAGUAUUGGACGUAACAAACGCUCCCUGCAAAUGAUGGUUUGCAGAUUGAAGCCCACUGGGUGGGCCUUGGGACAGUCACAGUCUCUCAGCCUAACUCGCCUCCCAGGGAUGUUGUGAGAGCAAAAUAAGGAAGAAGAGAACAAAUGUCGGCCACCUGGAGCUCCUUGGAGGAAAGGUGCAAUAUAAAUGCAAUACGGGUGGUGCUGUGGGUUAAACCACAGAGCCUAGGACUUGCCGAUCAGAAGGUCGGCGGUUUGAAUCCCCGCGACGGGGUGAGCUCCCGUUGCUCGGUCCCAGCUCCUGCCAACCUAGCAGUUCGAAAGCACGUCAAAAGUGCAAGUAGAUAAAUAGGGGAGGUAAAUGGCAUUUCCGUGUGCUGCUCUGGUUCACCAGAAGUGGCUUAGUCAUGCUGGCCACAUGACCUGGAAGCUGUACGCCAGCUCCCUUGGCCAAUAAAGCGAGAUGAGCGCCGCAACCCCAGAGUCGGCCACGACUGGACCUAAUGGUCAGGGGUCCCUUUACCUUUACCGAAAUAUAAUUAUAAAACUUCAUGCCUCUCUUUUCCACUCGAAUGUGCUUUCCCUGCCUGCCUGCCUGGCUUGAGCAGGAGUGCAAAAUGUUUUGCCAAAUUUUGAAGCCAGUAAGAUUUUGUAGAAGUCAGACAUAUCCACUGAUCUCCCUCUCCAUCACAACAACCUUGCUAGGUAGGUUAGGCUGAGAGAUAGAGACUGUCCCAAGGUCACCCUGUGGGUUCCUAUAGGGGAAGGCUUCACAGGAGGAAGACCCAGUAGAUGUAGAAUCCCCCGCCCUCCUGUAAUCUUGGAUAGCGAAGGGGGAGGGAGAGUCCAAUUAAAGGGAUAAUAUCCAAUUCUCUUCUUUUCUUCCUAAGUUCUUUGUUAAAAAGCAUUUAGGCCGCACCAGCUAUCCAGUUCUGAAUACUUAAUAGUCAAUAAUUUCUCCUUAAUUGGCUCAGCUGAAUGCCAAGAUGGUAAGGCAAGGAGGAGGGCAUUAGUAGGCAGGCUCCGUCUGCACACCGUGUGACCUGCAAUUCAAUUCCCGAAUGCAGCUCAUCUCCCUGAGCAAGGUCUUUUGGUGCUCAUCAUGCAGCCCCAAAGGACUGAGCUUGCCCUUAAGCACCAGGGAAGCUGGUGGGAGGUCAGGCCCCACAGUGCCCCCUGCUGGCCAAACAUGGGGUCUCCCUCCCUUAAGCCAGUCCGCGUUUAGCUGGGAAGCAGGAGUAAAACUCUCGGCAGCCACCUUUUUUUUAUUUAAGAGCCAGUGUCUCCUCGUUCGAGUAUCUUCUGAAACUACGAACUCACCAGGCCAGCCUUUCUCUCUUAGCCUCAGCUCCCCAUCUGCGACAAAAGGGUAUUAGGACUGACCUACCUAACAGGGGUGUCUGUAAGGCUGUUUUCAAUGCUUGCUGCCAGUUUCUCAUAGUAAUUAUCUUGGAUAUAUUUGCAAGGCAAGGUUAGCAGCUGACUGGAGGCUUUAAGCAGUGCUGACAAAGGGCAAUAAUACAGAGCAUCAUUUACUGGCUGGCUGGGGGGUGGGGGUGGCGAGAGCUGGAGCCUGGGGGGCUGGUUCGCCCCGAGAGCUCCAGGGAGCGGGUCUCCUGCCUCUUUGCCUGACGUGGCCCCUCUCUGCAGAUCAGCAGCAAGCGGUCGAGCAGCUUCAAGCGAGCCAUCGCCAACGGGCAGAGGGCGCUUCCCCGCGAUGGGCUCCUGGACGAGACGGGCCUGGGGUUCUACAAGCGCUUUGUGCGCUACGUGGCCUACGAGAUCCUUCCCUGCGAGAUGGACCGGAGGUGGUACUUCUACCAGCACCGCACCUGCCCCCCUCCGGUUUUCAUGGCAGUCGUCACACUGACCCAGGUGGGCGGAGAGGUGAUCUGCUGUUCGCCCGAGUGCCAGUGGAGGGCACCCUCCUCUUAGGGGGAAGAGGCAGCCCGUGGUUAACUUUUAAAACUUUUAAAGAAAGCUUGAUCAGCGUCUUGUGGGAGACGCCAGGUUCUGCAGCUGGAGGAAUUCUCCUUGUGUGCAUGCACCUGUGUUUUGACCAUAUGUAUAAAAAGAAUUCCUGCUGUUAUAAAACAAAAUGCUGCAAAUGGAUCUCGUUUACAGUCAUACCUUGGGUUACAGCUGCUUCAGGUUGUGUUUUUUCGGGUUGCGGACUGCUGAAACCCGGAAGUACCGGAACGGGUUACUUCUGGGUUUCGGCAGUUGCGCAUGCGCAGAAGCGCUGAAUCGCAAUCCGCGCGUGCUCAGACGCGGGUUGCAAACGCUGCAGGUUGUGAACGUGCAUCCCUCACUGAUCACGUUUGCAACCUGAGCGUCCACUGCAUUCCAGUUUUGCACAACUUAUUCUGCUUUGCCUACUCAUGGGUGGAGGAGGUGCUGCAGAAGGUGCUGAACCCCAACAAUUUCUGCGUCCCCCAACUAUUUGGACAUCUGAGAUUUGACUAGGCAUUGCCCCCACUCUGUUUCUUUCCUGCAGUCAUAUAUUUGCAACCCUGAGGACCAGCAUAUUGCUUUGUUUUUUUUAAAAAAGGAGAAGAAUUUAGUGACCAGUACAGUGAUACCUCGGGUUAAGUACUUAAUUCGUUCCGGAGGUCCGUUCUUAACCUGAAACUGUUCUUAACCUGAAGCACCACUUUAGCUAAUGGGGCCUCCUGCUGCUGCCGCGCCGCCGGAGCACGAUUUCUGUUCUCAUCCUGAAGCAAAGUUCUUAACCCGAGGUACUAUUUCUGGGUUAGCGGAGUCUGUAACCUGAAGCAUAUGUAACCUGAAGCAUAUGUAACCCGAGGUACCACUGUAUUGCUUUGUGCGGCUUUUUCUGGUCUCCUGUUCAUUUCCAGCCUAGACGCAACCUGUUUAAUGCAUUUUCAGCUAUUUUCUUGAGGACUAGAGACAUAGGAAGGGGAGGCAGCUUUAUCAACUUUAUCUCUGGGUGUUGCGAAGGUGCUGGACAGCCUCACACCCAUUUGGACACCAUAGUAGAGCAUCCUAAAUAACCUCCCCGCAUCCUGUUUCUAUUAGAUCAUCGUAUUCCUCUGCUAUGGGGCCCGGCUGAACAAGUGGGUCCUGCAGACAUACCACCCCGAGUACAUGAAGAGCCCCCUCGUGUACCACCCGGGACACCGCGCUCGUGCCUGGAGGUUCCUCACCUACAUGUUCAUGCAUGUGGGGUAAGUGUCUGCCUUGUCUUGCCCCUCGUUGCUUCCAGCAGAGCCAGGGGCGGGAACCUCAGGCCUAGGGGCCAAAUACAGCCCUCCAAACCUCUCUAUUUCUCUCUUGGAACUCUCUGCAGCAGUGGCGUAGCGUGGGUUGUCAGCACCCGGGGCAAGGCAAGUGAGAGAGAGUGAGUGAGCCAGGUAGGGGCAGAGAGCUGCGAGUGCGAGCGCUCCCCCCCAGAUGUUGCGCCCGGUGCGGCCGGCACCCCCCACGCUACGCCACUGCUCUGCAGGCCACGCCCCCUCUGCAGCCACGCCCCUCGCCAGCCCUGCUCCACCCCUUUCUUGAGUGUUUCUGCCUGGCUGGAAUGUGUCCCCGAACUCUGAUCGUGCCUCUCACUUUCUAUGAUGGAGGCUAGAGAGGAGUGAGUGAGUCAGUGUAGGAACUAGCCUACUGUGUAAAAGGUGGAAUUUGCAUUAGGCCCUCUGCCUACCCUUGGCAUGUGGCCCCCAGAAGGUUGCCUGGUUUGGCAGCGUGGCCCUCGAGCUGAGAAACGUUCCCUGGACGAGAGAUGUGCAAGUGAGCAAGCUGACUCCGUAUUUUUGCAAUGUGGGUACAGAUGGGGGCGGGGAGGUGUCUAUGGGCAGGGAGCACCAGCCCACUGCCACUGCAGGUUAGCUCAGCCAGCACAGCAUGAGACAGUUAAUCUCAGGGUUGUGGGUUUGAGCCCUACGUCGGGCAAAAAGAUUCCCACAUUGCAGGGGGUUGGACUAGAUUGUCCUCAAGGUCCCUUCCAACUCUACAAUUCUGUGAGAUUCCUUUGGGUUCUGGAGGCAGCAGGAGAGGCUCCUUCGUUUGGGCAAACGGCACCUGCAGACCUAGAGGAGGUGACGUUUGGGCCUGAGAGCUUCUGAGACCUGAGAACAUCACAGGGUUUGGGGAGCUCUCAUCGUUUCUGGCUCUCAUCGUUUCUGGCAAGGUGAGCUGAACAUUGUCUGUCCCCUCCUGGGAUUCUUGGCUGCUGAGCUCACUGCCUUUACGUGUCUCUUUCCAGGUUGGAGCAGUUGGGCUUCAAUGCCCUCUUGCAGCUGAUGAUCGGGGUACCCCUAGAGAUGGUUCACGGUAUCCUUCGCAUCAGCUUCCUCUACCUCGCAGGAGUUCUGGCAGGUGAGGGAGCACGGCUUGCAACUCCACUUUUCUCUAAGCCCCGCUGCUGGACACCAUAAAUCUGUUAGCCCUUAGGCCCAGGGUGGGGGAAGACGUUUCAGCCUGAGGGCCACAUUCCCUGCUGGGCGACCUUCCAGGGGCCUUGCACCAGGGGUAGGAGGGGCAAGAGGCAAAAGUGGGCGGGGCCACAAGGGUACCUUUUGCCUUGUGCAGCAGGCUAGUCUCUGAACACCCCUGUCUCCAUCUUCCAUCAUCCAAAUUCACAUUCCAGGCUGGGGCACAUUCCAGCCAGGCCAGGACCCUCUGGGAGUUGUUCAGCACAGCCAGAGAGGGGUGGGGCCUGGGGAGAGUUCUGAGGGCCAGGUAGAGAGGCCUGGAGGGCCACACUCAGUCCUCAAGCCUGAGGAUCCCCAGAGUGGCUUAACAGUCAUUCUCUCUUCCCAGGGAACUCUGGGUAUUGUAGUUCUGUGAAGGGAACACAGGAGUCUCCUAACAACUCUCAGCACCUUUAACGAACUACAGUUCCCAGGAUAUUUGGGGGGGAAGCCAUAAGUGGGAUGAUACUGCUUUACACGUAUAGUGCAGAUGAGGCCUUAAAUUGUGGUACAGCACACAACACACACACACACACACACACACACACACACAAUGUUGGGGUUUCAUUUUGGUUCCAUCUCCUUUCCUUCAGGACAGUUUAUAAACAGCGCUCUGUGAACCAAAGUUCUGUCUCUGGAGCAUCUAAAUCCCUAAAAAUUGAGACUGUCUCCCCUGGCUGUAGAUCUCUCUCUCUCUUUCACGCACACACACACACAAAGAAAGAUCCCUGCAUUAUCGCACACUGUCUCUGCCCGAGAGUCCAGUCUGACCAAAUCCCACGUGGUCCCUGUCCAGGACAGCUGGGGGGCGGGGAGGCAUCAGGCUCUAAAUUACGGUGCUUUGGGAGAGUAUUUAUUGGCUGUCACUGCAAGCUUUAUUUAUUUAUUUGUUUUCUGAGCCCCUGGGCAAUUAGAGCAGCUGCUGGAAUUACUCACCCAUCCAUGUCUUUUUUGGAGAGGCGGGGUGGUGGUGGUGGUGGUGGAAGGGAGAGCGAAAUGGAGGGUGAACAAUUCCUCAUCAGUCGCUGGCUCUCCUCUCCCAAGCUGCUGUCUCAGCAAAGUACAUCUGGGGAGGGAGGGAAGGAGCACAAUCUGCCGGGCUGCCCCCAGUGGGCUCUGGGGAGAGCAUUUCACAGCUUGCUAAGGCCUGUCCAGAAGAGGCUGGUAUUUUUUCCCCUCCACAAACCCAAGAAGGUUGGUGGGUUUCAGAUCUUCAAGGAGAACCCAUCUGAAAUUGUUUAAACAUGUCAGGCUUUUGUUUUCCCCCUUCCUCCAUUCUUUGUCUUUGUCAACCUAGGGAAGCCCCAGAUGUUUUGGACUACAACUCAUAAGCCCCAGCCAGAUUUGCCAAGGGAUGAUGGGAGUUGCAGUCUGGGGGGGGCAUCACAUUGCUGACCCUGUGUGGGUCAUAUUCACACCAUAUGUUGAAAAGACCCUUAUACCAUUUUAACAGGCAUGGUUCACCCCCCCCCCAAGAAUUAUGGGAACUGUAGUUUCUAAAGAGGUGGCACUGUGGGUUAAACCACAGAGCCUAGGACUUGCCAAUCAGAAUGUCGGCGGUUCAAAUCCCCGUAACAGGGUGAGCUCCCGUUGCUCGGUCCCUGCUCCUGCCAACCUAGCAGUUCGAAAGCACGUCAAAGUGCAAGUAGAUAAAUAGGUACCACUCUGGCGGGAAGGUAAACGGUGUUUCCGUGCACUGCUCUGGUUCGCCAGAAGCGGCUUAGUCAUGCUGGCCACAUGACCCAGAAGCUGUACGCCGGCUCCCUUGGCCAAUAAAGCGAGAUGAGCGCCACAACCCCAGAGUCGGCCACAACUGGACCUCAUGGUCAGGGGUCCCUUUACCUUUACCUAGUUUCUAAGGAGUUCUGAGUGAACAAUUAGGAGAACAGUUCCCAUCAUUCUUUGGGGGUAGCCACGACUGUUCAGGUGUUUAAUGUGUGGGGUGUGAAAGGGUUUCAUGCUGGAGAAGGCAGUCCUUCAAGAAGAACCAGUGUGGUGUAAUGGCUAGAGGGUUGGGCCAUGACCUGGGAGACCAGGGUUCGAAUCCCCACUCAGCCAUGGAGCUCUAGCUGUGUUACCUUGAGGCAGCCGCCAUCUCUCAGCCUAACCUACCUCACAGGGUUGUUGUGAGGAUGAAGUGGGGAGAAGAACUGUGCACACUACCUUGAGUUCCUUGGAAGAAAAUGUGGUAUUAAAAUAUAAUAAAUAAAGUGAAGAAUGCCUUGAGGUUUGGUCAGGCAAGGGUGUUGCAGGGAGAGGAUCAUGGGUGUUGAUCAUUUACUGAGGGGUGUCCAGACUACAUUUUUGCUGGCAACUAAAUGUGUGUCAAGUUGCUGAGGCAAUGAAAAUCCUUGUUUGUGGUGCCCCUACCCAACUCCAUCCUAUUUCUCCUCCCUAUUUCCCUUUCAGGUUCCCUGACCGUCUCCAUCACAGACAUGAGGGCACCUUUGGUUGGAGGUUCGGGGGGAGUCUACGCCCUCUGCUCCGCUCACCUGGCCAACGUUGUCAUGGUGAGUGGGGUGCCACUUUGAACUGAAUGGGGGAGGGGAACUUGAUGGGCGCUUGGUGGGCUUCAAUAUGGUGAUUCUGUGGUGAGAUCUUCAACAAAAUGUUGCCGUGCCAUGUGGCUCCUGGGUUCUAGCCAGCCAGCCAGCCAGCCAGUACCCCUCAGGAAUACAGUAGUACCUCGGGUUAAGUACUUAAUUCGUUCCGGAUGUCCGUUCUUAACCUGAAACUGUUCUUAACCUGAAGCACCACUUUAGCUAAUGGGGCCUCCUGCUGCCGCCACGCCGCUGGAGCACGAUUUCUGUUCUCAUCCUGAAGCAAAGUUCUUAACCUGAGGUAAUAUUUCUGGGUUAGCAGAGUCUGUAACCUGAAGCGUAUGUAACCUGAAGCGUAUGUAACCCGAGGUACCACUGUACUCCAUUCCAUUCUCGACUUUCCUCCUUGUUUUCUGGGACCUUCUGUUUGUUUCUCAUUUUCCCUAGCGGACAUUCUGCACUCUGUGGUCACUGAGCAUACUCAGUCCUCAUUGAGCUGUGUUUUGGGCGUGGGUGUUCCUCCCCUGACCCUCUCUAUGGUUUCUUUUCUGAAAUGAAUUGUACUUUUUCAUGCCUUGGUAUUCUGCCAAACGUGGUGAUACCUGCCUCUUGUCCCCAGGACUUGGCUAGACAAAUAAAAAAUAUUAUUUUAAUUAUAUUAAAAGUAUAUCACACACUUCAUCCAAGGAUCGCAGGGGGGUUAUAGAACAGAACGGUGUCAUGAAAAACUAAACCAAGUAUUUAUUUAGCCAUUUGGAAUAUAUCCACCUUAACCAAAUGACCCUUCAAGUGACUCACAACAGAACCCCCAAAUCCAAACAUCUCAGCCCUCUUUAGCUCCCCCACCCAGGUAAACAGAUGGAGACAGAGUGUGCUCCUCCUCAGACCUACAGUCCUGGGACAGCUGGCUGGUGUAACUGGGUGCUGUUUCUGGCAGCGAGCAAGGAAGCCAGCUCCCUGCGGCUGCUCCUUCUCUGGCCUGUGGCUGGGGCCUGGCUGGCCUUCCCCUUGCCGUCACCUUCUUCCUGGGAGGUGGGUCAUUCAGCCUCACGGUGGCCUUGGACAGUGACAGAGGCCCAAGUGUGCUUCCCUUGAGCAGUGCCAUUCCAGGGCAAAUCCGUGAAGAAGAAUUUCAGGAUCAGGCUGAAAGCUCCUGGAGUUGUAAAUAUUGGUGGACGCGAUACCGUUUCACUUUACGUUAGAUCUGGUCGGCCGCUGCGAGAACAGACUGCAGGAGGUCCAUAGGCCUGAUCCUGCAGGCUCUUCUUACGGAAGGGGGUGUGAUGAGAAAGGUAUCAGGAGAAGAAGCUAUGGGCAGAAAGAAAAUCUAAUUCUGUUUCUCUCUCCAUAGAACUGGGCAGGGAUGCGUUGCCCUUACAAACUGUUGCGCAUGGUGUUAGCCCUGGUGUGCAGUAAGUAUACUGGUCUCUCUUGGUUGAGACUUCCAUGGUGCGGGGAAGACACAGGCCUUUCCUCUUGCAUCCUUGACCCCAUGUGUGAAACCCUAAUUAAACACUGUGCAAGGGCCCGGAUCCACUCUGGGUCAGCCCCAGAUUACCCUGACUUGGAUUGGGCCCAAUUAAACCCUGAAACUGCUCGGGAGGGGGACAUGGACACCUCUAAUAUAAAUGUUAUAAGGCACUAUGUACAUACCAAAGGAGGGGAGGGGCAAUGACAGAGAGACAUGCCUCAAAGGGACUAGAAGCUUGGGACUCGAGCUGUUGUGAUCUCUCGUCUCUCUCUUUCCCCUCGCAGUGAGCUCUGAGGUGGGCCGGGCCGUUUGGCUGCGUUUCUCUCCCCCCUUGCCCUCUUCAGGCCCCCAGCCCAGCUUCAUGGCCCACCUGGCAGGGGCGAUUGUGGGCAUCAGCAUGGGCCUGACCAUCCUCCGCAGCUAUGAGGAGAACCUCCAGGACCAGUGCGGCUGGUGGGUGGUGCUUCUCUCCUACGCCACCUUCCUGGUCUUUGCCGUCUUCUGGAACAUCUUUGCCUACGACCUUCUAGGGGCACAGAUCCCGCCUCCCCCGUAGCAAUCCCCUCCCGCUUCCCGGUCCCAGUUCUCUCUGCAACACCCGCCCUGGAAGUGCCAAAAACUGCAGACAUCGCCGGAGAGAAAGGGAGGGGGCUGACCUGGCGCACAGGAGCGCAGGAGCCCAGCGACCGCGCGCCGCGUCUCCGAAGCGAUGCGUCAGCCGGAUGCCAAAAACAAGAUUAGCAAGGACCCGUGCUAGGCUCCUGCGGGAAGAGGCCGGAGGGCAAAUGGGGCAACCUGUGACCCAGGAACGAACAAACUGCCACCCCUUUCCCUAGAAUUCCCUCUGUGUCCACCCCCAGCUCAGCUCCAAAGAGGGGUGGGGGGAGAUCCCUUAGCAACCGUGUUCUCAGAGAUCCCCUUAUAGGCAUGAGAGUCUAUGUAUUCUUUUGGGGGAGGGAGGGUUGGUGGGUUGGUACCCCUUUACCCGUGUCUAUUCCAGAGUUUUGUGUUCCUCUGGCAGAGCUGCGUCUGUGAUGAUGGAUGCAGCUGCAUCCGAUGCCUUCAGAUCAUUCCUUGUGCUCUUGAGUUGCUGGGUUUGUUGGCUUGUUUGCUUUGUAACUUCCUUCGUUCCCUUGCUUUGGAAUUGGUUUUUCUGCGAGCUCCUUGGGUAACACCUCUGUGCUUCAGUUUUUUUACCGGGGAGGGGCUGAGAUGGGGGGUGGGUGGGUUUCACCUUUCCUUGGCCUGGGAGUCCUUCCAUCUAACCUGUGGUUGGAGGUCUGGUUUUGGGAUUCUUCUGUAGGGAAGGAGGGAAAUACAGCAUCCUCCCAUCGCUCAGUGUUUGAUGAUGUGGUUUGCAGGCAAAAGGUCCCAGUUCAAUCCCUGGCGCCUCCAAGGAUGGCACUGUCUCAGACCGUGGAGAGGCGCUGUCAAUCAGUAUAGUCAACAUUGAGCUAGAUGGUCUGACUUUGUAUACAGAGCAGCUUCCUAUGCUCCUGUGUGAGAGAGAGUGCGCAGGAGGUCCACACCAAUCCACACCAGUUUGCAGGUCUGCGUGCAUUAUUAUGAUCAUUUAAGGAAACCAUCAAGGGUCAAAGCACCAUCCUAUGUUUCUAUAAAUGUGUCUUCUCUGCGCUGAGGACUCUCUGGCCUUAAAGGAGAUUCCCGGAUGGAACUCCAGGCCCUAAUAUCUCUGCAAAGUCCAUGGGGUUCAGGCAGCUUCCUUCUCCUGCCUUUCUUCCAUCACCCUGCCUCUGCCCCCCUUGUAUUGCCAAGGUGCCCAUUUGGUCCCGAUGGAACAGUGACUGAGCAAUCGGUCCUGUGCAGGCCCACAGGUUUUGUGUUUCCAGAAGCUGGUUUCUAGAGCAGGGGUUGGUCUAGAUCAGGGACAGCCGACUUCUGGAUUCUCAGGAGUGUGUGUAUGUGUGCGUGCGCAGGGAAGGUGCGGCGUUCUGUGCUGUAGUUAGUAGUUGGGAAGAAAGGCUUGGAAGUAUAUUUUGCCAUGAAGUCCGAUCACCUGAAUGGGUGGAUUGGCUCUUAAAAUAGCAAAUGCACUUGGUGGGUGGGUGGGGAGGAGAGCUCCACUUAAAACCCAAAGAGAGAGAAAGCAGGGUCUGUCUUGUGCCAUACCUUUGAACAAAAUUUUACGUUUUCUUAAAUGAGCAUGAACAGUCUUGGCUUAAGACACGGGAAGGCCACAUGGAGCCUGGAUAAAUUUGCUUGAGGAGGUCAGCUGCGCCCUCCAGAUGGCCAGUUAACUCAUCCUUGGCCUAGAUUGAUCUUCCGAUCCUUUAUGAGGACCUUUGACAGUGUUCAACUGCACUGGGGAUUGAAGCGGGGAGCCUGAGCAGGUGGGAGAGUGGAGCUCUCUUAGUCUUCUGCCCAGCCUGAGAUGGAACCCAUCCCUCCCCAUUUAUAGGCAGCUUUUGCUAAGGGUGCUCCAGCAGGAAUCCUCCAAAUGGGAUGGGCUUGGUGAAAACCCUUGGUGGAGCCCUCAACACCUCAAGGCCAGCUAAUGGGCUCCACCGUCCUUCUGCUAAGGCCUGGAAGGGUUCCUGGGUGUUUUAAUUUUAAAACUUUCCAGCUGGCUUCAAAACGUGCCUUCCUGUCGCAAGGGGUGCCAUUUGGGAAGCGAGUUUAUUUCGUUUUGCACUGUGGGAGCAGUAGAUCUCUGGCACGUGGCCUGUGACAGCACCCCAGAUCUUGCUGCACCAGGCUGCUGAAAUUGUUCCGUCCCGCUACGAAUGGAAAUGCACCUGUCUUCGGAGAGAUGAAGUCUAAAGAUGAACAGGCAGGGGUGAGCAUGCAAUAGGGGGAGGAGAAUUUCGGGGGGUGGGGAGAAAGAGCUUGCUACAAGUAAAUGCACUACUACCCAGAUCUGAAGUCUGAUUUGAAAAGGGGGGGGGGAGAAGAGAAGUAUGAAUAAAUAUUUUGCACACC